AUGGUCCUGUGGGUUACAUUUUCAAUUCAGCGAAUUUGUCUUCACGCUUAUGAUAGUGCAGUGAAAUUGUAUUUAUCAAGACAAUACACGGAACAAGCAUACUACGUGCAAGAGGCGGAGAGGUUGUUAAAUGUCCUUUAUGCUCAAAUGACAGAAGAUGGUGUGGCAGCUGAUAACACAGCUGUAAUUUUCCAGAAUGGAGAAGAAAUCAAUAAAGUGUACCAUUACCAUUUAGUGAAAUGUUUCGACUUGCUUGGGUCCACCAAAUCCUGUCAAAAUCGGACUCCUAAUUCUGUGGGUAGCUGCUUCAAUUUUACCUUCGUUGUUGAGUCACUUUAUCAGUUUGCUAUGCGAGGUGAUGUAGCAUGGAAUAUUGCAGCCUCAGUUGCACCACCAGUAAUUAGCGACACAUUGACUUCUGCACGAAACCUGCUGCAGUUCUACUUAUCCUCAUUCAACGUUAAAGUUCUUGUCCUUCAUUUUGUACUUAUGCAAAAGUUCAAACAUGGUCUGGGAAGUACUUUAACCACGUUUUGCUGUUUUAAAUCAAUGCGGCCUUUACACAAUACAGGAAUUGAUGCAAUUCCAGCUGUCUUCAAUUAUUAUAGGUCGAGGAUAAAAUUUCACUUGUCCAUGUUCACUUUUGAUGUGCGAAUGUAUGGAAUUUCUGAUUCUUUUAGUAAAUUCACCCCUCCACAACGAGCUAAUUGGUACGAAAGUGCGCAGAAGUACAAAAAAUGCAUUUCCAUAAUGCCAAACCAAAAAAGAAAAGACACUUGCGCUUGUAAAAUUGGUUAUAUUUUACUUGAUAGUGAUAUGAGUACGGGAGAAGCUGAGCCAGUGCGCGAAGACAUCGAGAAGCAAUGGUAG